CACAAAAACUCACACUCUCCCUCCCCGCCACACACACACACACACAUACACAAUGUCCUUGAAGCUGUUAGCAAAUCCGCUUCAUUCAUCUUCAUCAUCUAAAAUCACGACAUUGUUAUCGACAUCAAGAAGCUUCAGUAAAGCUAAUAUUAAUCUCCGAUGUCACUCUAAAUUGAUUGUACUCUCGCGUAGUGGAACCGGCAGGUCCGGAUUGACGGUUAGGGCUAGUGUGAAGGAAGAUAUGGAUGUGGAGGCGAAAGUGAGAAGUGAGUGGGCGAAGGUGUCUGCGGUUUUGUUCGAUAUGGAUGGCGUGUUGUGCAACAGUGAAGAGGCUUCAAGGCUGGCUGGCGUCGAUGUGUUUGCGGAAAUGGGGGUUCAGGUUACUGUUGAAGAUUUUGUUCCCUUUAUGGGCACUGGUGAAGCAAACUUUCUUGGUGGAGUUGCUAAAGUAAAGGGUGUUGCAGAUUUUAAUCCUGAGGCGGCUAAGAAGCGGUUUUUUGAGAUAUAUCUCGAUAAGUAUGCAAAACCAAAUUCUGGAAUAGGUUUUCCUGGUGCACUUGAACUUAUUACUGAGUGUAAAAAAAGUGGCCUCAAAGUAGCGGUAGCAUCUAGUGCUGACAGGAUCAAAGUUGACGCAAACUUAGCUGCUGCUGGCUUAUCAUUGUCAAUGUUUGAUGCGAUUGUGUCUGCUGAUGCUUUUGAAAACUUGAAACCUGCUCCUGACAUAUUCAUAGCUGCCUCGAAGAUUUUGAAUGUCCCCCCAAGUGAGUGUCUUGUAAUUGAAGAUGCACUAGCUGGAGUGCAAGCUGCCCAAGCUGCACAAAUGAGAUGCAUAGCUGUGACAACAACAUUGUCUGAAGAUACCUUAAAGGAAGCUAAACCAUCACUAAUCAGAAAGAACAUAGGAAAUAUUUCACUUGAAGAUAUUCUUGAUGGUGGCUCUAGUUACAGUAAAACGUCAUCUGUGCUCAAGACAAAUACAGAGGGUGGCUCAUUUCAAGAUGCAUAUUCUACCAAUGAUACGGUUUCCAAUGUUGGCAGGUUGCAGGGUUCUCGGCGGCAAAUUAUAAGAUAUGGAAGCCUGGGAAUCGCACUAUCUUGUCUCUAUUUUACAGCUACAAACAUGAAGGCUAUGCAAUAUGCAUCUCCGAAGGCUAUAUGGAACUUGUUAUUUGGGAGCAGUAGCCCACCCUUUGGACAGAGCGGAGACGGAACUCGUUCCUCAAGAAUCCAGCAAUUUAUCAAUUAUAUAGCAGAUGUAGAAAGCAAGGGAAACACGACACAAGUCCCAGAGUUUCCAUCGAAACUUGAUUGGCUAAACACAGCUCCUCUUCAGCUACGUAGGGAUUUGAAAGGAAAGGUGGUUCUGCUGGACUUUUGGACCUAUUGUUGUAUAAAUUGUAUGCACGUGCUCCCCGAUCUAGAGUUUUUGGAAAAGAAGUACAAAGACAUGCCAUUUACUGUCGUUGGAGUGCAUUCUGCCAAGUUUGACAAUGAGAAAGACUUGGAAGCAAUCCGGAAUGCUGUACUACGAUAUGGAAUAACUCAUCCAGUUGUUAAUGACGGAGACAUGUAUAUGUGGAGAGAAUUAGGUAUAAAUUCAUGGCCGACAUUUGCUAUUAUUGGGCCAACUGGUAAACUCCUUGCACAGCUGGCAGGUGAAGGCCGACGCAAGGAUCUUGAUGAUUUAGUGGAGGCAGCUCUAUUAUAUUACGGCAAACGGAAGUUAUUGGACAGCACACCAAUUCCUCUGAACUUGGAAAAGGACAAUGAUCCUAGGUUGUUAAAGUCACCACUAAAGUUUCCCGGCAAGCUGGCGGUUGACGUAUUCAACAAACGCCUCUUCAUUUCAGACAGUAACCAUAACCGAAUAGUGGUAACUGAUCUGGAUGGGAAUUUUCUAGUUCAAGUUGGGAGCACCGGAGAAGAAGGUCUACGUGAUGGCAACUUUGACACUGCAAUGUUCAACCGCCCGCAGGGUCUGGCAUACAACGCCACUAAAAAUCUACUAUAUGUUGCAGAUACGGAGAACCAUGCUUUGAGGGUGAUUGAUUUUGUGAACGAGAGUGUGCAGACUCUGGCUGGAAACGGUACCAAAGGUUCAGAUUAUAAAGGGGGAGGAAAAGGAACCAGUCAGCUCUUGAACUCUCCUUGGGAUGUGUGCUUUGAGCCUGCAAACCAGACUGUGUACAUUGCAAUGGCUGGGCAACAUCAGAUCUGGGUGCAUAGUACACUAGAUGGAGUUACACGCGCUUUUAGUGGUGACGGUUAUGAGAGAAACUUAAACGGGUCAAGCUCUUCGACAACAUCAUUUGCACAGCCAUCUGGACUUUCGUUAUCUCCGGAUGUGAAAGAGGCAUAUAUUGCGGACAGUGAGAGUAGCUCCAUUCGGGCACUCAAUCUUCAAACAGGUGGAUCAAGACUACUAGUUGGUGGUGAUCCAGUAUUUUCAGACAAUUUGUUCAAGUUUGGAGAUCAUGACGGAGUUGGUUCUGAAGUGCUUCUUCAACACCCGUUAGGAGUCUUAUGUGGAAAAGAUGGUCAAAUUUAUGUGGCAGAUUCGUAUAACCACAAGAUAAAAAAGCUAGAUCCAGCUACCAAAAAGGUAAGUACAAUAGCAGGCACCGGGAAAGCUGGCUUUAAAGACGGAGCAGCUUUAUCAGCUCAGCUGUCAGAACCAGCUGGACUUGUGGAAGAUGACACAGGGAGACUAUAUAUAGCUGAUACAAACAACAGUCUGAUUAGAUAUUUGGAUCUCAACAAAAAAGACUCGCAAGUUGUUACACUUGAGUUAAAAGGAGUUCAGCCUCCUGCACCAAAAUCUAGAUCUCCAAGGCGCCUUAGAAAGCGAACUUCAGCUGACACGGAAACAGUUGUAGUUGAUGGCGGUUCAUCCAACGAGGCUAACUUAAAUCUUACAAUAUCCGUACCAGAAGGCUAUCAUUUCUCAAAGGAAGCACGCUCCAAAUUUAGCGUGGAUAUUGAUCCUGAAAAUGCAGCGGUUGUUGAGCCUUUGGAUGGGAAUCUCGGUCCAGACGGAACUGCCAUUCUACGUAUUAAAAGAUCAUCUCCUUCACCUAUCACGAGUAGGGUUAGUUGUAAGAUAUACUACUGCAAAGAAGAUGAGGUUUGUUUAUACCAGUCUCUUGUUUUUGAAGUACCUUUUAAAGAGGCAUCUCCGGAAAAUACCCCACAAGAAAUCAAACUUCCGUUUGUUGUGAAGCCAAAAUCAUCAGAAAGUAGCUUACAGCUGCCGGUUGCUCGAUGAUUCAUAAAUGUAAUAUUCUCUCAUACUUGAUAAGUUGUGUAUAGCUAUACAUAUACGUAUAAAAGUUAGGAUCUCACUGUAUAGAUUUACAUUACAGUAACAACAAUAUCUGCAGUCGCUUGAUAUGCAUCUAGUAAACAAGCGUGCUCAACCAUA